GCGCUCGGGGUGGCUCUCUGUUGGCUGGCCGUCGCUAGCGCGGGGUGGUCCGGGGGUUGCCCUGCCUCGCCGACGUCCAGGGGAGCGUUCCCUUGGCCCCGGAGCUGGCAGAACUCGUCGGACCGGUCGAGAAGAGCCUCCUGCCUGCCCCCCCCCCCCGCUCCCUCCGGAGCUGCCCUCGAAGCGAUUAGGGGACUGGACAGUGCUCCUUCGGGUUCCAGACUACAAACCACUUCACUGUCCUCCUGAUGGAGAAUGUGACUGGUGCCUUACCUGCUGGAGCAGUAGCUGCUGUACUAAAGGCCAGCACAGAACUUCCUAAAGGGAGUCUAACUGUACAUGGCUAUGACUUCGACUAUGGAUUAGACUAUCAUGCCUUGCUUCAAUCUUAUCUCACUACUGGUUUCCAGGCUACCAGUUUUGGACAGGCUGUGAAUGAGGUCAAUCGUAUGAUAGAAGCAAAGCUGACGCCAUUAGGUGAGGAUGAAGGAAAUCAUGCUGACUUGAAUCCUUGUUCUCGCCGCCUGACUGGUUGUACAAUUUUCUUGGGUUUCACUUCCAACCUCAUCAGCUCAGGUGUUCGUGAGACCAUCCGUUAUCUGGUGCAACAUAACAUGGUAGACAUUUUAGUGACCACAGCAGGUGGUGUGGAGGAAGAUCUGAUCAAAUGCUUGGCACCCACCUACAUCGGAGACUUUAGCUUGCAAGGGAAAGAACUACGGCAAAAUGGGAUUAACAGGAUUGGGAAUCUCUUGGUGCCCAAUGACAAUUACUGCAAGUUUGAGGACUGGCUAAUGCCAAUCCUGGACCAGAUGGUGACAGAACAGGACACAGAGGGUAUGAAAUGGACUCCAUCAAAGCUCAUUGCUCGGCUUGGCAAGGAAAUCAACAAUCCAGAAUCAGUCUAUUAUUGGGCACAAAAGAAUAACAUUCCUGUAUUGAGCCCAGCACUAACGGAUGGAUCCCUGGGAGACAUGAUUUUCUUCCAUUCUUAUAAGAAACCAGGUCUUGUGCUGGACAUCAUAGAAGACCUGAGGCUCAUUAACACCCAGGCCAUCUUUGCUCGGAAGACAGGAAUGAUCAUCUUGGGUGGAGGCCUCGUUAAGCAUCACAUUGCAAAUGCAAAUCUGAUGAGAAAUGGAGCUGACUUUUCUGUAUACAUCAACACCGCACAGGAGUUUGAUGGUUCAGAUUCAGGAGCUCGGCCUGACGAGGCAGUGUCCUGGGGAAAGAUCCGCAUGGAUGCCAAGCCUAUCAAGGUUUAUGCUGAUGCUUCCCUGGUUUUCCCAUUGCUGGUUGCAGAGACUUUUGCUCAGAAACCAAAUGCCUUUGUUCAAGAAAAGCAAAAUGACUGAACUGGGAGCUGCUGCAUGGGACACUUCAUCUGUUACGAACUGCUUGCUUCCAUCCCACAUAACAUUACAGUUGUCAGCACCUGCACUGGAAUUGCCUUGAAGAUCUGCUUGGAUGAAUGGAGUGGGGAGGGGCACCUUAACCAUUCAGAGAGCAUCUUCUUCAGUCUCCAUACUGGACAGAAGUUGUAUCCCAAUUGUCUGCAUAUUAUCCCUAAAUUUGGAACCCAUUGUCCUAUUAAACAUUACCACUUGCAAUGGUGCAUCUCAUACUGCAAAAAUGCAGUAGAAUUGGGAAGGCUAAGAUGCUCAAUUGUGUGCUCAAUUCUUCCAGAGGAUUUUUAUGCAAUGCUGGAAGAGCUAGAAGAUUCUGGAGUUUUGAUUUGUGUGUGGGUGGGUGUCUUUUAAUGACGGAACCAGGCCAUAAUUCUGUGUUCCUGGCAUCUCCUGUUUCUCAAUCAGUAGCUGGUGUUGAUUCAAGGUGUUUUAUGCAGAAGUGGCCAAGAGCCAUAAUUUCCUAAUAAACCACUGACAUUUUUAAACA